CGUAGAAACCAGGAAAUGAAAAUAAUGGACGUGAUGUGUUGGCGUUCUGAAAGAAAGAGGUGCAAAGUGCAAUAAAAACCUCACAUUAAUUCGUGUACAAACGGCAGUCGGGCGACUGGAAAAUGCAAAACAACAACGAAUAAGCAACCAAAUAACAAAACAUCAGUAAGAAGCAGGGAAGGAAGGAAACGAGGAAGGAAACGAGGCAGGAAGGAUGGGUAAGAAAGACGCCUCCCUGGCCCGGGCCCCCGUCGAUCAGUACCGCAAACAGAUCGGUCAACAGGACUAUAAGAAGAGCAAAUCAGCCCUGAAGGCCACCAGACAGCAGGCUGAAGCCAAGAAAAAUGCUCCUGGUAUAAAGGACAUCCUUCUGGUCAUCGUGGCCAUCCUGUUCUUCCUGCUCUGCGUGUACGCCUUCUUCUACCUUAACCUGAGCACUGAGCUGGACCUGGACGUAGACUGAAGCAGGGUGGGUGGAGGGAGCCGACGAGAAACACGGCCAGGGGGUCGUGACAUUCCUUUGACUGUUAUGCCUUGUUACUGGGUUGACCCCUGUACACACAUUUCCAAGCUAACACUUCCAACACACACUACGUGGUACACGGUUGCACCCUCACAGAUUUACACACACACACACACACAGACAGACAUUCAUAUCCACACUUGACCUCGUCGGAAUGGCCAUCUGUGAUGUCCCAAGUCAUUAAAGAAACUAGUCAGGCUCAAGUUUGGAGCGUGACUGAAGUAUGGGCAGACAAAUGUCCUCCUCCAGGACAUGACUCUCUGUCUAAUUGACACCACACCAAUGAUCCGUUGCCUAUGUGGGAGAUUCUCAAAAUGCAUUAUCAACUUCACUCUUCAAAAAAAACAAAACCUGUUUGUGCUACACUGAUUUUGUCUAAAGAGGAGAUGGACAUAUUUGUGCUCUCAUUUUUAGUCUUACAAUUCCCAGAGGGUCCUCUAGCUCUUCAGCCUGUACGUUACUGGUUGGUAAGGAGUCUGCAAGUCAUUGUCUACUGACUCACGUCCCUUUGUUUUUCUCGGACGAAUAGAAAAUGUUAAUCUUAGAUUCAUCCUGGAAACAAAGACAAUCACUCAUCUCGUACUGCCGAGCACAAUCCUCCACUUUCAGAUCUAGCGAUGAACAAAGUGUGAGAUUAGAGUGACAAAGAUGGUUUCUGAUUGAACGUGUGUUCGGAAUACCGACCAACACAUCUUGCUGUAGCUAGCUUCGACUGCAGCACUGAUAAGCAUUCGAAAAUAGGACCAUAUAUUGUUUUAACUAUGAUUCUUCCAAAAGGUAAAAAAGGUGGAAUGGGGAAGCUCUCCACACAUCUAAGACCUCAAAGCUCUCUCUCUCCUACUCCAUAGUUGCCCGCAAGGAAUGUUGUACAUUAUUGAACACAAAGGAUGAUCAAAAUAUUUGCCUUCGAAGCCUUGUUGCCUUGCCUCGUGCAAUGUAUGCUCAUUGUUUUAAGAUAAAAAAAACAUGACCUUCCAUUAUCAGCCUUCGCUCGGUAAGGGCCAAGGCUGAGUUGUGUCUUAUUGCCUGUUCUUUUGAGUGUGUGUGUGUGUGUGUUGGGGGUAGGGCGUUACUGGUUUGUACAAUCAAUAACAGUGUCGAUAUAUAUGCAUGAUUGUUUGAUUUUCCCAUUGCAAACAAAAGAGAUACUGUGCAACGCCUUUUUUUCUUGGUAAAUUCACACAUGAAGAGUGCAAAGCGGUGAAAAUGAAGACUUUGUGCUCGAUUUUUGGGGUAUGUUGAUAGGAUUUUCCCAACAGACCUUCAACAUAAUUAUGCUGCAAUAAAAUCACCUUUGUCUCUCUUACUGUGCGUCAUUCCUGUUGAGAUUUUAGUAACUUUGCCAAGAGGACAUGACAAAUGAUUUGAAAUAAAAGCCAUUUCUUAGGUGCAAAGUAUCUGCUGUGUUUGUAUAACUGACAUUUGAUUUUUUGAAAAAAGGUCAAGGUGAUUUAAAAUGUCUUCAUUCAAAGAGAUACUGUGUAACGCCUUUUUUUCUUGGUAAAUUCACACAUGAAGAGUGCAAAGCGGUGAAAAUGAAGACUUUGUGCUCGAUUUUUGGGGUAUGUUGAUAGGAUUUUCCCAACAGACCUUCAACAUAAUUAUGCUGCAAUAAAA